AUGGCUGAGUCUGCAAGUUAUAAUAAAACUGCAUUAGCACACGAACUUAAGAACUCAGUUAAAGGAGAAGCCAAACACCGCAUCAAAUCUGUUUUUGUCACCAAGCCCGAAGCUUACGACAUCAUGUGGGGAAAGCUAGAGUGUCACUAUGGAGAUACUACUGCUAGUGUACAAGCUUCUUUGGAAGAUCUUCAAAGGCUAAAACCUGUAAAAGAAGAAGAUUAUAAAGCUCUGGUUGAAUUAGUGGAUGAAGUUGAAUCUGCCUACAGUCAAUUGGAAGAGCUCAACCAGCUAAACACUUUAACCAUGCGAGAUGUAGACAACCUAACUGAUUUGUUACCUACCCAUCUUAAAGUCGACUGGAGACGAAAGUAUCGUGAUUUAUCGUCUGCGGAGAAACUUCAACCAUUUGCUCCGCUAAUGAAGUUCCUAGACAGAGAACGUUCAGUUGGGCUCGUUUAGCAGAGAAUCAGUAUUCUAAGAAAAGAGGAAAUGACAAUGCAAGAGGGUACAGCAAAACCUAUCAUGUUGAAAGAGGUGCAAAACACGGACAAAGAACCUACUACAAGUGUGCCUUCCCCACCCACAGAAAAGACACCAUAAAUCACACCACCGAACAGUGCAAAGAAUUCCAGAAGUUGUCCAUCAGCGGUAAAGAUGGCAGAUAUGAGUUGUUGAAGCAGGUAAACGCUUGUUUCAAAUGUUUUGGUAAUCAUAGGAAGCUUAACUGCCCCCAAAAAACUCCCAUGUUCCUCAUGUGGAAGUGACCAACAUCAUUCCCUGCUGUGCAUCCCACCAAAGCUCCCAAAAGAUUCCGGGGAGAAAUCGAAAACUGGAGAUGAUGGGAACAAGGAAUUAGCAUCCUAUACCGUAGAAAGUGAUUCAAUGGCAUUAUACCCUAUCCACCAAGCGACCAUUAGCGACAGUGGUAGAAAAGUGUCCGUCUUCUGUGAUGGAGGCUCUAACGCAAGUUAUAUCACUCAUCGUGCUGCGGAAAGAAUCAAAGCAAAGAAAGUUAAGAAACUCUCUCUUGACGUGACAACUAUGGGAAAUGUCGAGAAAACGUACAACACGUGGCAAUACGAGUUUCCAAUCAACACAAGUGCUGGAAAGAAAGUCACUAUUAAGGCCUUUGGCAUGGAGCGAAUUACUGGACAAGUAAGCAAACUGGAUCCUAAAGUCCUGGUAAAGUUAUUUCCAGAAUAUGAUCCUGAAACACUCCAGCGAAAGUCAACACACGUGGAUGUCCUGCUGGGCUGUGAUUACUUCGGUCUCCAUCCAAAGCAAGAAGAAGCUAAAUGUGGCGACAAUCUAA